AGAUCUUAGUCCAACGCAGAAUCCGGCACCACAAGAAGUUGCCGGAGUGGAUAAAGACAGUCCAAAGAUGAGCUGUCUGCCAUGGUGCGCGAGCCUUCUGCCCGUCUGGGUCUUCUUCCAGCAAUCGCUUGCUCACGUUCAGCCCGUUACACGCGCAGCCGAAAACGCAAGUCGAAAUGUGAUCGCAAUGCUCCCUGCUCGUCUUGCGUUUUGCGCGGCACAGAGUACCUCUGUUACACCUGCGACGAGCUUCCUGAAGGGGCAACGACGGCCGGCAGGAGCAAAGGGACAUCGCGUCCAUCUGCUGCACAGCGCGCCAUCAGCAACGUCUGGCCGGCUGGAUCAUUAGGCACGCAAAACCACGAGUAUGACAGCGCCGGCAUCGGUGCUGUUUACGGAGGCGCAAAGCGCAAGCGAGAAUCUUCCAGCGCUCUCUCCCCCCGGACCGACGCACAACGAUGCCACGCGGCAAGUGCGGAACCGCGGGGGCCUACAAGUAUGCCGUCUGGUAGCCCGCAACAGUCAGAGGCGAUCCUUGCUGGUCGACUUCAAGCACAAGAGCUGCUCAAUGCCCAACUCAAGUCGGAAGUCGCCACCUUGCGUCAGCUCGAGUGCGAGCGCAGAGUUCUUUUCGAAGCAGAUGCGAUAUCGCACCGUGACAUUGCUCAUCUGCUGCCCGGCCCGCUCGAGACCAUGACGGUCUGUGCAAAGGUAAUUUACAGACACAUGUGGUCCACACCUGGCAUUCACUGGCGAUCCUUUCAGACUACUCUUGAGGCCCUUGUCUUGUACGACAAGCCCGUGUCGCCACUCUUCGUCGCUUGUCUUUUUGCGACCAUCAGUAUGUCGAGAUACCUGCCAUCCUCGCAAGGCGUUCAAGCAGAUUUGCUGCCUCGUCAGUAUCCUCAGUACGCGGAUCUCGCGGGUCAAAUACUCGAUCGACGUCUAGGCAGCGUCACAACAUCGGCCGACAACCUUUUCCAGCGCUUGCAAGUCGAGACGAUCCUAGUGAUGUAUCAUUGCGUACACUCGGAACGAAGCGACAUUGCGUCGGCGUACUUUCGCCUAGGCAACGCUUUGCGCUGCGCAAGCGCUUUGCGCCUCUUCAAUGAGACGAAGUGGCUCCGACCGGUCAGCCCGUUCAAGACUGAAAUGUACCGACGUGCGGCAUGGCAGUUGUUUGCCUGGGAUCGUUUGCUUCGGCCCAGGGUUUGCUCUUCGCCAGCGACGACCUUGCGACAUCAGCGCCGAGUCUUUCAAGGUGUGCCGAGCCGAAUACCUGCCAGACGAUCGCUACGACGUCCACACCGGUGCUGUGCUCCCUGUUCGGCCACUAGACGAGGUUUCCAACGACAUUGCAAACGUGUUCGUGCAUGACUAUCAAGUCGCCAUGCAUGGAAGCUCGAACGUCGUCUCGAAGAU